AUGAAUAAUGGAUACGUUAAAAUAUAUUUUUUUGCUUUAAUUUUUUUCGGAUAUGUGAACAAUCAAGCCCUCACAACCGACCGUGUAGCAGAUAAUGCUACUUCAUCCAAAACAACUCCAUCCGAUGUAGAUUCAUUAGAAGAAUCUUCAUUUGAAACAACUUCACCCAAAACGACUCUACUUAAAAGAGAUUCGUCCAAAACAAUUCCAUCAGAAACAUCUUCAUUCAAAACUCUAUCCGAAAUAGAUCGAUCCAAAACAGCACCAUCCGAUAUAGCUCUACCCAUACCCGUUUUAGCUAAUCCUCCUUCACCUCAUAUUACAAUAUAUAAAAAAAACAAGCAUUUAUUAUGCACAAAUCCCCUGGAAACAAAAAAAGCAAUGCAAAUUAUGGACGAAGCUGUAGAGCUUUUAAGAUACUAUGCUACAACGAAGGAAUAUUACAAACAUGAUUGUACGAGUUGUGAUGGCGUAAAUAUGUAUUAUAAGAAACUUGGGCAUAAUACCUACAUUGGAAAAUGCCAACUUCAAAUUUAUAAUCCCAAUAAGUAUAAUGAUAUAAUAAAAAUACUAUGGGAUCUCAAUGGUCCCAAAAAAUUCGAUGAUAGUCAUAUUAAAGGAAAAGUUGUCCGUUCGUAUAAUCAAAAUUUGUUAAUGAUACUAAAAUUUUACAAAAAUAUGAUGUUAUCAUCCCCGAGAUAUUUUUAUGCUUUAGCCAAAAAAGCUCAAAUAUCAGAAAAUACAAGUAUAAUUGUUAUGGCUUCAGGAAAUAUAAAUGAUAAUAACCCUUUCAGUACAAAAACCUUUAAAAACAAAAUUAUAAAAAGCAUUAACUCAUUCAAAACAAGCGUAUGUUUUGACAAUGAUAUUCAAAUUGGAUACUUUAAAAAGACGUUUGUUAACUUAUCUGGAUACCUCAUUGAAAAAAAAGACGAUCACGUUGAUGUUACCUUUGUCAACUCGAUAAAUUUUAAUCCUUUAAUUCCCACAAACUGUUUUAUUAAAAAUGCAAAUACAGAAGCAAUGUUGAAUUUUACGCACUUAAAAUAUUACUUUGAUAAUUAA